CAGGCGACACCUUUCCUGACCGAAGCACCAUGGCCUCCCUGUGGCUUCUCUCCUGCUUCGCCCUCCUGGGGACCGCCUUCGGCUGCGGGGUACCUGCCAUCCACCCCGUGCUGAGUGGCCUGGCGAGGAUUGUCAACGGAGAGGAUGCUAUCCCUGGUUCCUGGCCCUGGCAGGUGUCCCUGCAGGACAAAACCGGCUUCCACUUCUGCGGGGGCUCCCUCAUCAGCGAGAACUGGGUGGUCACCGCUGCCCACUGUGGAGUGAAGACAACCGACCUGGUGGUGGCUGGAGAGUUUGACCAGGGCUCCAAUAAGGAGAACAUCCAGGUCAUCAAGAUCGCAAAGGUUUUCAAGAACCCCAAGUUCAGCAUGCUGACUGUCCGCAAUGACAUCACCCUGCUGAAGCUGGCCACRCCUGCCCGCUUCUCCCAGACUGUGUCUGCUGUGUGCCUGCCUGACGCUAAUGACGAUUUCCCCGCUGGGACACAGUGUGUCACCACCGGCUGGGGCAAGACCAAGUACAAUGCCAACAAGACCCCUGACAAGCUGCAGCAGGCAGUCCUGCCCCUGGUGUCCACUGCUGACUGCAAGAAGUCCUGGGGCAGCAAGAUCACUGAUGUGAUGGUCUGUGCGGGGGCCAACGGCGUCUCCUCCUGCAUGGGCGACUCUGGGGGCCCUCUGGUCUGCCAGAAGAAUGGAGCCUGGACUCUGGUGGGCAUCGUGUCCUGGGGCAGCGGCACCUGCUCCACCACCACCCCUGCUGUGUAUGCCCGCGUCACUGCGCUCAUGCCCUGGGUUCAGCAGAUCCUGGCGGCCAACUGAGCCAUGGUUCCGGCCAUUCCCACUCCAGUGAUUUCCAAUAAAUUGAUCUAAUCAGAAACAGUGA